AAAGUACUCUAAUUCUGUUUCCGCCUCCGUCAUCUCUCUUUCCGGUUGUGAGCCGUCUCGUAGCCAUCAUGAAGGUUGAGUUGUGCAGUUUCAGUGGGUAUAAAAUAUACCCCGGCCAUGGCCGCCGAUAUGCCAGGAUAGACGGAAAGGUCUUCCAGUUUUUGAACGCCAAGUGCGAGUCUGCCUUCCUGUCUAAGAGGAACCCCAGACAGAUUAACUGGACUGUGCUGUACAGACGCAAGCACAAGAAGGGCCAGUCUGAAGAGGUGACAAAGAAGCGUACCCGCCGUGCAGUAAAAUUCACGAGGGCCAUCACUGGGGCCUCCCUGGCUGAGAUCAUGGCCAAGAGGAACCAGAAACCCGAGGUCCGCAAGGCCCAGAGGGAGCAGGCCAUCAGAGCUGCAAAGGAGGCCAAAAAGGCAAAGCAGGCCGCCAAGAAGCCUGCUGCUCCAAGUGCAAAGACCUCUGCAAAGACUGCACAGAAACCCAAGAUCGCCAAGCCCAUGAAGGUCAGCGCUCCCCGCGUUGGUGGAAAACGCUAAACCAACUCCUUGUUUAUGCUUGUGAAUAAAAAGUGGUUGAACCUCA